AUGGUGAAAGAGACAGAAGAGAAGCGUCUCGCUUCUGUCUUCAGUGUGAGGCCUGUCAUUAGGACAGUACCCACGUGGUACAGAGGCUUUGAGGGUGCCAAAAUAGGGAAGACUUUACGACUGUCUUUCAGCCGUCCAGGGAGAGUGAUAAAAGCCGUGACUGCCAGUUCUCCAAAGCAACGUUGGAGGCGAGGACCGAGAGUGAUUAGAGCGCGGGGGCAGGAUCCGGGAUGCCCGCCGACCGUCGGCCGUAGGAUCCGGGAUGCCCGCCGACCGUCGGCCGUGGGAUCCCGGGUCCCCGGCCCUGGCCCGGCUGCCCUUCUUGCUGCGAGCCGCGAGGGAGGCGGACCGGGAUGGGCGGCUGCGGCGCCGACUGGGGAGGCUCCUAACGGACGCGGGCGCGGUACUGAGCCGGGGUCAACCGAAAGCCCGUCGGAGCUGCGGCAGACCCGUGGGGGAGCACCGCGCGCCCCGCUCUGCUGCGCGCCUCCUUCCCGGCCCGUGCCCGGCUCUCCCCGCGCUCCCGGCUGCCCUGGUCGCGCGCCGUCGUCUCCACGCUCGCUCCGCUCUUCCCGCGCGCCCGGCUGCCCUGAGCGCGCUCCCUGCGCCGCUCGGCGCGCCGGCUUGGUUCGCACGCCGCGGGUUCACCGCGACCCGGGAACCGCCCGGCGAGGAAGCGGGCGGCGGGGCGGUGGCGGCAGGCGCUACUGCUGGGUUGAUCAUCCGACCCGGCUGAAGGUGCCGGCAGGCGGCCUCGGGAGGAGAGGCGGCGGGCUCGCGCUGCGCGCCGAGGUUGCCGGCCCGGCCGGGCAUUGUCCGCGAUCCUCCGCCGCGUCUCUCCGCCCACUGCUUGCGGUGCUGGGAGGGGUGCGGACCUGGGCGCAGAGCCCACUCCGCCUGAAGCGACGGCGCACCCCCGGACCCGCGCCUUUCCGGAGCCGGGGUCGGCCCGGCGGACGCCAAAGUCACCGCCCGCCGCCGGGCCUGUGCAGCCCGGGCCACCGGCUUCGCAGACACCGGCGCUGGCUCCUCGCGGUCCGGAGCUCAGCCGUGCAACUUUUCUUUGCCUUCUAAUGGGAGUUGUUGCUUCCGGGCGGCAGGUUCUCCCGGCCCGGCCGAGCCUCGUUUCUUGCGUCUGCAGAGGCCGAUAUCUAAGGCGAUCUGGGGCCUGAAUGCUUUACUACUAGUCCAGCUUUGUUCCUCAUUACCUACAAUCGCUUUGCUUGUAGACUUUCGAGGAUAUAAGUCCCAGGUUGCUGUGUUAAUAAAAGAAUAAAUAAACGGGUGGGGGAAUGGCUGAGGGGCUAGAGCUUCAGACAGAACUAAAUGUGCUUUAACCUUUGAACUAGGGAAAGUAUUACCGGGACUCCACGACAGAAGCUCUUCGAGGAGGGUAGAAGGGUCUGUAGGAUUGGGGGGGGGGGGGAACAAUGAACAACUUUUGAUGGAAAUAAAAGUUGGUUUUAUAAACUGCUGUUCCGCCUAGCAGGUGCCUUCCAUAAAGUUGAUCUCCCCUACUGAAUGCAGGCAUUGUAACUACUUGCAGGCAGGCACUCUUGCUAUUGGUGAAUCAAAUAAGAGGUCUUUGCACUGUGAACAUUCUGCCGGUGUUGAACUUGUCAAUACUUGCAGCAGAAAUCAUAGCUAGAAACAACACAUCCCUUGUUGGAGUCCUUAUUUAGAAAAGAAUGUUUUCAUAAGCCUUCAUUUUGACAGUUUCUUGAGCAAUGGUUUGUAGAGCGCUUGGAGGCGGCAAGCUGCAGCCUUAUCAAGGAAGUAGCAUCCGGCCUAUGAUUCUUUGGUCUUAUUUUUGUUUCUUAUUUUCAAAUGUAGCCGCUGAUCCUGGUUGCCUUGUGCUCUGUUACAGUAUUUUGUACUUUGCAAGAAUGAAUUUUGUUGAGACACCUGGCCCGGGUGGGUUUUUUCCUUCCUUUAAGGCAAUGCAGAUUUUAAAAUUUGUUUAUCUUUAAGCUACUGUCUAAGAACUCUUGAGUGAAUGCUGAACGUUCCCAAUCUCAACAAUAAUAACACAGAAACUAUAUUUGGGAAACAAGUCCAACUUGAGACAUUGAUACUUGAGAGAGAAUUCCCUUGAUAAUAUCCAUUUUUGUUCCACCUUAUUAUUUUAAUUCUCCUGUGUUAACAAUAUCAGGCAAGUACCUGGUGGGCAUAGUCUUCCUUGCUUAUUAUAGGAAGGAGGUGUUUAGAACAAAUUUAAAAUUUCCCGUUUUUACUUCCUUAUUUAGUGGCAUAUUUAGACAAGAGACUUUCUAAACUUUAAAGAAGAUCACACAAGGAGAAAGUGUUCAGGAGUGCUUACCUUUGAAAUGCCUAUGCAUUAUGUGCUGAAUGGCAUGCGUUUUUCUGUUUUCUGUGUACUGCAUACAUAUUUCUAGAUAACUAUGAGUUAUGACUGCUUAGAGAUUGUUGGGAGAGCUGGGAUGGUCCGCUCUGCCUUAUUUCUUUGCAGAUCCAGUGUGUAGCUGUAUAUUCAGUAGAGGAACUGUUUGAAGUCUGGCAGGAAAAGAUGCUAUCUUACAAAGGCUGUGGAAGAUACAUUGUUCUCUAACUGAUACAUAUGAUGCAAACUGCUCUCCUACUGAGCUGUAUCCUCAGACCUAAUGAGCUAGUUUUAACAGUAACAAUUCCUACAGCGAGGCUUGAACCCAGGCCUUCUUGAAUGCUAAGCAAGCACAGGACCACUGAGCCCAACACUCAACUUCCCCUAUCCCCACUGGAAAACAACAAAAUUGUUUCUGAGCAAGAUUAUACCAGUAAACAAAAAGUGGUUUUCAGAUAAAUCUAUCUUAGCUGCAAUAUUCCUUGUUGGUGUAUAAAAUUGUGACUUAAGUCUAUAAUACCUGUUGGACAGCUAUCUUCAGCAAUGGCAUUCACUUAUUACAACUGUUAGAACUAGACUUGAUCUACCAUCGGCGUCUGUUAAGUACCUGCGUGUUUAAGUAUAGGAAAUAGAGUAGAAAUAGCUGACAAUCUAAUUCAGAACUUUAUUGGAGGGGAUUAAAAUGACUCUCCAUGGGAGAAAGACAGGGAGGAGGUUUGCCAGAGCAGUAAUAGUGACUCUGGAAUCAUGGGUAGAGAAACAUUGAAUGGGAGAAACCUAGAUGAUGUGGGAAAUGUCACUGUGUUCAGUAAAGUAUUUCACAUAGGAUAUUUUUAGAUGCGGAUUGGGUAUGAAUGCUACUGUUUUAACUACAAAUCUCUGAACUAUUUUGGGGGCAUCGGAGCUUGAGCUGUGAGUUCAGGUGUUGUUAGCUUCAGAAUGGGCAGGUUCCAUCCAACCAGACUAAGCUCAUCACCCUGUCUGCAAGCCGGCCCUCUGUCCUCUUCAUCAGAAGUGAUUUCUCUCCUCUUGGGCCCGUACAGAGCAAGCCUUGUUCUUGUUUGUUGGUUCGGUAUGAGUGCCUGUGUAUUUCUGUCACUAGAUUGUGGAGCUUGGCUGAAGUUGGAACCCUAACCUGUUUACUGCUGCCUCAAGUACCUGGGCAGUUUUAUUGGUUCCCCAGUAUUCUAUAAACCAAGAAGUAUUAAGAAGCUCCAAUACUUGCUUGUAUUUGGAGGAAAGCAUUUAUGUAAGUUUAAAGGAAACACUUUUCCUUAUCACUAAAGUUCACAUGCUCAUUGAUAAGGAAGGCCUGUUCAGACCUUAAGUCUGUCCCAGAACAUUGCUCACUCCUGUAGCCCUUGCUAGUGGGUUACUGUCUACUUUUUGACUUUUGUUCCUUUAUUACAACCUCAGAACUGACUUAAAUGAGUUUUCUUGAAAAUCUUAGCAAGUUGUGAUUAUUGUGAAUGGAGGGAAAUAAUAAUAUUUAUGUAAGUCUUAUUCUCCAGGCUCUGUAAUUCUUCUCCCUUCCUUUCAUUGAAUAGAAGAUAGAAGACUGCGGUCAGUGUGCUUGUGUUCAGGAUGUGGGUGUAAGGAUUAAAAAAAAAAAAUGACCAGAUGCAGUGUACUGGAACAUCUUACCUGCCUUUACCCUGUAUGUUUGUUUGUUUUUUUUUUUACUAUAAAAGGAAGUGUUUGUUUAUUUUUUAGAGUACAUGCUAAGCAUAAUUUCUUGGUAGUUUUUGAUUUGUGUAAUCUUGAAAGAGAACUUUAAGGAGUUGCUUUGAGAUUCACAGCUCACUCUUCAGGUAUCCCAGAGAGAAACUCAGAUUUGUUCCUGAUUGGAUGACAGAAGGGGCUUUGCCACUCAUUACAGAGAGGCAGCUGCGGUAUCGGCUGAUGAAGGAGGUGAGUCAGUUUCUAGGUGCUCCUUUAAUCGACUCCAGAAAGUUCCAAAAUAGACAGUCCAGCUGCUGGCAGAGAGGUAGCCUCAUCUUGGAAAGUCUUCAUCCAUUAGUACAUUUGGGGAGUUAUGCCUGCUCUGGAUGCUGGGGCUAGCAUAGAGGAUUAGGUUAAGUCCCAGAGUCACAGGUUAGCUGUUGCUCUGUGUGGCCUCUCUCGGGGUGUCCUGGCAGCCCCACCCCACCUUUCUAGGAGGAUUUUUCUGCCGUUCACUCAGAGAACAACAUUGAGUAUGUAUGUCUGUAUCCGAACAAGUCCUUCAUGUUUUCGAGGAUGGAGUAGUAACAUGUUUAUUUCUCUUUAAGCUGAGACACUAAAAUAAAUCAGCGCUUUCGCUACCA